CAAAGACAGUCAUUGCUGUUAAAAUUCCACAAUUUGGAUAGAAAAUCUGGGUUCCCUCCACCACACACGUCUUGUUUAUUUGAAAGACUGUUUUAUUUUCAGUUCAAAGUCGUGAGUGAGUCUAAAGACUCAAAGCCCAGAACAAUGAAUCAUGAUAUAUAGAUUUCUUCACCAUACAAGAGAACCAAAGAUCCCCAAAUCACUCCAACCUACGCAUGGCUCCAAUAUUCUGUCUGUUUCUUGUUUUGAUCACUGAAUUUUCAUUAGCAACUGCUCAACAAAGAAACUCCAUCAUAAGCCUAGGCUCCUCUCUCUCUCCAGCCUCUAGCAACUCAUUUUGGUCCUCCGGUUCUGGCCAAUUUGCAUUUGGGUUCUACCCAAAUGGUGAUGGCUUCUCCAUAGGCAUCUGGUACGCAACAAUUGCCCCGAAAACAGUCAUAUGGACAGCGAAGCGAGAUGAUCCACCAUUUCACAGAGAUAGUAAAUUGCUUUUGGGUGAUGAUGGAAGGUUGGUAUUGCGACAGGGGGAGGACCCUGAGAUAACAAUUGCCGGUGGGAACCAGACUGGUUCAUCAGCUUCCAUGCUGGACACCGGCAACUUCGUUCUCUAUAAUUCACGUUCAGAGAUCGUAUGGCAGAGCUUUAACGCUCCAACAGACACCUUUUUACCCCGUCAGAAGCUUCGCCAAUUUGCAGAGCCGAAAGAGUUGUUCUCUAGCGUCUCUAAGGACGAUCACUCCACUGGGAAGUUUCGGAUCUUAAUGCAGGAGGACGGAUACCUAGCGCAAUAUCCAGCAGACAGCCCGAAUUUAGUAGAAUAUGGUUACUGGGAUUCGGGAAUACACGGAGCCGGAAACAACGUGACUCUAAAUUUUGAUGACAAGGGCCAAUUAUACUUGCUUAACACCAGUGGCAAUAUAAAGAAUCUGUAUGAUGGGGGAGAUGUCUCUGAUAAACUGAUGUACCGCAUGACAGUUGAUGCAGAUGGAAUAUUCAGGGUUUACUCAUAUGGCUUGAAUCGGAGUGAUGAUGAUUGGACAGUUGAGUGGUCAUCUUCCAGCAACAAGUGUCUUCCUAAAGGCUUGUGUGGUCAGAAUCAAUAUUGUUCCUUGAUGAAUCAAGAAGCUGUUUGUACAUGUCUUCCUGGUUUUGUUUUGAUUGACGAGGGCCAGAAGGACUUGGGCUGCAACAGAAAUUAUGUUAGGAAUGGGAAUGUUUCAUUUAAUUUUGAUGAGUUAGAUAAUGUUGCUUGGUUAGAAAAUUCGUAUUCCACACUCCACAACAAGAGUAAAUUUGCUUGCAAAGAUGAGUGUUUGAAAGAUUACGACUGUGAAGUUGUGCUCUAUAAAGAUGAGAAGUGCAUGAAACAAAAGCUUCCACUAAAAUUCGGAAGAUUUCAGCUGAAUGAUCAAGUAACUACACUUGUCAAAGUAGGAAGCAGAGAAUUCAAAAAAGAAAAGCAAUCCAAAGUUCUUAUUGUUAGUGUUGCGGUACUAUCUGUUGCUUUUACUGUGCUAGCGAUAUCUGGGGUUCUGAUUUACAAAUACCGUGUGAAGGGGUACAAAAAGUUAUUGAAUGGUGGGAAUGAUGAAUUGAUUGAGGAGUUUAUUCUUCGGUCUUUUACUUAUGGUGAGCUUGAGCAAGCAACCAAUGGUUUUGGGGAAGUAUUGGGGAAAGGAGCUUCAGGGACAGUGUUUAAAGGGAUUUUAUCAAACAGCAAGAGAGCUGUUGCCGUUAAGAGACUAGAGACAGUGGUGGCUGAAGGCGAAAGAGAAUUCCUAAAUGAGAUGAAAGUAAUUGGAAGAACCCAUCACAAGAACCUAGUGAAGUUGCUUGGUUAUUGCCACGAUGGAACUAAUAGGCUUCUGGUGUAUGAGUUCAUGAGCAAUGGGUCACUUGCAGAUGUCCUUUUCAAGUCUGAAACAAAGCCAAGAUGGGAGGAAAGAGUUAGAAUUGCCGUGAAUGUGGCUAGGGGCAUUCUGUAUCUGCACGAGGAGUGCGAGACUCAGAUCAUCCACUGCGAUAUAAAACCUCAAAACAUCCUAAUGGAUGAAAGGCAUUGUGCAAAAGUUGCAGAUUUUGGGUUGUCAAAGCUGAUGAACCCCAACCAAACCAGGACUUAUACUGGAGUGAGAGGAACGAGGGGCUAUGUCGCGCCUGAAUGGCACAUGAAUUUGGCCAUAACGGUGAAAGCAGAUGUGUUCAGCUUUGGGAUCAUGUUGCUGGAGAUCAUAUGUUGUCGAAGAAGCCUGGAUCCAGACUUUGCCGAGGCUGAAGUAAUUCUUGCAGAUUGGGUCUUCCACUGCUUCGACUCUGAUAGGCUGGACAAGCUGGUGCAGGAUGAAAAGGUGGAUAAGAGCAAACUGGAGAGGAUGGUUCGGGUGGGAAUUUGGUGCAUCCAGGAUGACCCAUCGCUUCGCCCUUCCAUGAAGAAGGUGGUGUUGAUGUUGGAAGGGACUGUUGACAUACCAACUCCUCCCUCUCCUACUUCCUUUAUUAGUUCCAUCUAGGCCUCUGAUUUAUGGUUUUGUAAGCCGAACAACAAAAGAAUCAAACUCUUUUCACUAUCUGCUUCCUUUUUAUGUCUAGGAUCCAUGCUAUAUUGAAUAAUGAAACCACGUUAUGGUGAGUUUUAUAUAUAUAUAUAUAUAUAUAUAUAUAUAUAUAUAUUUUCUUUCAGUAUGAUGUAUUCCUUCUGUUAAGGACUUUUCUCCAGAUGAAAUGGCACAAAUAAAUUCUCUAUCUAAAAUUCAACA